AUGGUCUACACCCACCAGGAUUCCCCGGCCAAUGCCGUCGACCCCAAGACCCUCCCGCCAGUCCCUCUUCCUCCGGGCCUCCAGUCUCGAUACGUUGAUUGCACUCCCACCUCUCUGAUCUUCCACAUCAUUGAGUCCCUUCCCACCAACCCAAAUCCCAAUACCCCCCUCAUCCUUGUCAUCCACGGCUUUCCCGAACUUGCCUAUUCUUGGCGCAAGAUUCUCCCCCUUCUGUCCGCUGCCGGCUAUCACGCCGUGGCUUUUGACCAGCGGGGCUAUGGUCGGACCCAUUCCCCCAACCCUCUGCCUCGAGACUCGUUCCGGCCGCUCAACCUCAUCAAAGACGCCGUUUCCCUCGUCUCCGCCUUGGGCUACACCUCGGCCUCUGCAGUCGUGGGCCAUGACUUCGGUGCCAUGACCGCGUAUCUCUGCGCACUAUCGCGCCCGGACCUCUUCAAGUCCCUAGUCCUCAUGUCGCACCCCAGCAAAGGCCCACCCACACUUCCGUUCUCCACUUCUCCCUCGCUCUCCACCGUCCAAACCACACAGCCGCGGCCUCCCAAGCCAAUCGACAUUCAGGCCGAGCUAGGCAAGCUGGCGCGCCCACGCCAGCACUACAAGUGGUACUACUGCACGCCGCCAGCGAACCAGGAGAUGACGUACCCAACAGGGCAGCCGCUACACGACUUCCUGCGCGGAUACUUCCACCUGAAGAGCGCGGAUUGGCCGCAGCAACCACACCAGCUGAAGGCCUGGGCCGCCGAGGAGCUGCAGGUCAUGCCGCGCUACUACAUCAUGGACCAAGACGCCGACAUGCGUGAGAACGUGAACCGCGACAUGCGCGUCCUCGACCCUACGGACGUCAAGCGGUUGAGCGCCCGCUGGCUGCCUGACGAGGAGCUGGCCGUGUACGUGGGCGAGUACGGCCGGACCGAGUUCCGUGGCGGAUUGAAUUGGUACGGUCUGCAGACCAGCCCGGAGAUUGCGGCGGAUGUGGCUGUGUGGGGGAACGGAGGCAAAGUCAGGGUGCCGACUGUCUUUGUGGCGGGCAAGAGUGAUUGGGGAACGUAUCAGGAGCCCGGGGCCGUGCAGGCGAUGGAGAGUGGGAAGAGUGUGGCGGAGGAGUGCUAUAGAGGAACGGUUUUGGUGGAUGGGGCUGGGCACUGGGUGAAUCAGGAGCAGCCGGAGAGGUGUGUUGAAGAGAUCUUGAAGCUCGUUAGGGAAGUUGAGGGUGGCAGCGCUGUGAAGUCGUGA